UGGCAAUUGGAAGAUAAGGCAUCAAAUAGAAAUAUGAGUAAGCGGGGAUAAGAUAAUGCGACACUUCGUUGAGUUUGGUAACAUAGUAUGAGAAGAUGAACAGUGUGAAAUUGAGACCAGAGCUUCACAUUCCAAUUUCUUCCUCAAACCUUCCACUGUGCGUCAAACCCAUCAAAUUCCUGGUAGUAUCAUCGUAUGGCAAAAGCUUAAAGCAUCCAACUUCCAAAUUCGCACUCAGUCUCAGAGAAAACAGAGGAAGCGAAGAGCAUAGACGGAGCGUGGUUGUACUGAGAGAUCAGAAGGCUAUUUCGAAUUCCAGUGUUGUGAUAAUGGGAGCGGUGUGUGUGGGGAUUCUGGCGGUGAUUCUGACUGAGGAGAAGGCUUUGGCAUUGGGCCCUGAAGGCCCACUGGUGGAAGAGUUUUGGGACAACGUCAGGAGAUAUGGGCUUUACGCUCUCACCGUCAGCACAGGUGCUCUUUACACCAUCUUCCGCCCCAUACUCGACCUUCUCAGGAAUCCCGUUUCCGCCAUUUUCAUUAUUGCUCUUUUCGGGGGUUCCCUCUACGUUGUUUCGCAAGUCCUCUCUGCAAUGGUUGGUGUCUCUGAAUUUUCUUACGAUUAUGGAUACUAAGACCUCCCAUUAUUGUAUCACCAUCCUUAUAUUAUUAUAACAUCAUGCAAAAUAAACACCUUUUUUUUUUCUUAAA